AUGGGUUUAAAAUUCCAUUCAAAGGAAAUAAAUGUACCUGCACCAGAACCUCUCAGCCCAGGUGGACUUCCUUUACCAUAUGUUCUGGUGGGCGACGAAGCCUUUCAGUUGACAGAUUAUUUGCUUUGUCCUUAUCCAGGAAAAGGCGGCUUAAAUGACGAGCGAAAUGUUUAUAACUAUCGAUUAAGUCGCGCCAGAAGAACAAUUGAGAAUACGUUUGGUAUUCUAGUCAGUCAAUGGAGAAUUUUAAAGCGACCAAUCAAUUGUAGUAUAGAAAAGACAAUUUCAAUUGUUAAAGCCAUUGUAUGUCUCCAUAAUUGGAUUCAUCGGAGGGAUAUUGGAGAAAAUCAAUAUGUUACUCCAAUGCUAAUUGAUCAGGAAGAUAAUGACGGCUUUGUUCCAGGCUCUUGGAGAGGUUGCAUAGAUAAUAGUGCACUUGUAAACAUAACUUAA